GCAAGUGUGCUGUGUGCUCCAAUACUGAGGAUUAAUUAUUUAUGUUUCUAUGAUCCCAUUUGUAUAUAAGAUUGGAUAGGGUUUUCCAUUUUUAAGUCUCCCAGGUUUUUCUCUCCUUUGCUUCUUUCUCUCUCUGUGGUCCUCUUUCUUUUCUUCUCUUCCCUGGAGGAUAUGGAGCUUGCUUUGAGCUUAGGUGAUACCUCCAAGCCCUUCAAGUUUCUUGACCAAACCCCUAAGAUAUCAACUAAAGAUCCAGGGUUUUGCAUGGGAUUAGAAACUGGAUUUACUGCAACUCCAAGAUCCCAAGAUAAGGUAGUUGAUUCUACCCUUCAAGGUGAAGCUGCUGCUGAUGACACAAGAGCCUCAUCAGAUCUUCCUGUUCAGCUUAAUCUUUUACCCUUCUCUCCGGUUCCCCGUAGACGGCAGGUCCCAUCUCAGAUUCCUUUUCCAUGGCUCUCAGAUAACUUGGUGUCUGAACCGGGUUCCACAGAUGGAUCAGGUAGGGGGUUUGAUGUGAACAGGCUGUCAGCUGAGGAGGCAGAAGAAGGAGCGGCGUUGUCGUCGCCCAACAGUGCUAUGUCGUCAUUUCAGAUGGAUUUUGGGAUUAGGAGCAGUGGAGGUGGUCGAUGUAAUAAAAGAGAUAUGGAGGCUAUUGAAGCCGAGAGAGCGAGUUCAAGAGCAAGUGAUGAUGAAGAGAACGGAUUGACUAGGAAGAAACUCAGACUUUCUAAGGAGCAAUCAGCUUUCCUGGAAGAAAGCUUCAAAGAACACAAUACCCUCAAUCCUAAACAAAAGCUUGCUUUAGCAAAGCAAUUGAAUCUUCGUCCUCGUCAAGUAGAAGUGUGGUUUCAGAACAGAAGAGCUAGGACAAAGUUGAAGCAGACGGAGGUGGAUUGUGAGUAUUUAAAGAGAUGUUGUGAGACACUGACAGAAGAAAAUAGGAGGUUGCAAAAGGAAUUGCAAGAAUUAAGAGCUUUAAAAACUUCCCAACCUUUCUACAUGCAACUUCCUGCCACAACUCUCACCAUGUGCCCUUCUUGUGAGCGCGUGGCUACCACUACUGCUUCGGCUACCACCAACACCAAUGCCACUGGUAACACCACCACCAGCAACAACAAACAACCACUGGCCACCACCGCCGCUGCCGCCAUCAUCCCUUUGACUACUACCACUAGCAACACAAAUUCUACAUCAUUGUCACUAGCUAAUAAGCCUAGGUUAUACCCUUUCACUACUCAAGUCCACAUGCCCCAAGCCCAAGCUCAAACUCACCAAGCUACUUCUUGACUGGCCAAGGUGUAAUUAGUGACUACAAAACAAAAAGAUGGAAAACAAGGAAAGGCAGAACUCCAUCCAUUUGUAAAUAUUUGGCCUCAAGCUUGAAGGAAUUUCUUUAUUAUUAAUUAAUUUUAUUUAUAUAGAAUUAGGAAGGGAGAAUUUAAAGAGUGAUUGAUGUGUUAUGUUGACAGAUGAUGAAGGAUUAUAGAAGAGAUUGUGCUAGAAA